GUCGACACCAAAAUUAUGUGUCGAUACUAUACCGGUCUUAGAUUUUUGUUCUCUUUUGCAGUUUCUUCAUAUAAGCCCAUCAAUGUUAAUCUCAUCUUUCAAAUCAUUCUUGCUUAUCACACACUAACAGAUUGAAUAACACUUGGCUCCAUUGUAUGGUCCUUGUCAAAUGUCUGCCCUCUUUUUUGUGAAGGUUGUAAGAGUGCUCAAUCUUGGUUGCUGUAUCCAAUCGGAGAGUGUGAUCCAUUUCCUUUCACCUUUGAGUUUAAGCCACUAGAAUGAAUGAGCUUGUACCAAGUCAAAUAGUUUUGCUUUGUCCAAGUUGUCAAGAGUGAACAUUGGCGAGAAGCUAUGAGAAAGGAAAUAACUGCUUUUGAGCAAAAUGGAACUUGGACGCUUGAACAAUUACCUCCGGGCAAGCAAGCCAUAGACUCCAAAUGGGUCUAUAAAAUCAAGUACCAUCAAGAUGGAACAGUGGAACGGUACAAGGUGAGACUUGUGGAAAAAGGCUUUACUCAAAUAGAAGGAUUGGACUAUCAUGAAACAUUUGCCCUUGUUGCCAAAUUGGGAGAUUUACAUGAGGAAGCUUAUAUGAAAAUUCCACAAGGUUUUCUCACCAAAAAUGAACAUAGAGUCUACAGAUUACAUAAGUCCCUCUAUGGAUUUAAGCAAGCUUCUCGAAAUUGGUUUGAAAAGCUCAUCAAUUCACUACAAGCUGCUAGUUUGAAGCAAUCUUAUGCAAACUAUUCUCUAUUCACCUCAAUCAAAGGAAAGAGCUUUGUUGCUAUCUUGAUCUAUGUCGAUGACAUAAUUAUCAUCGGAGAUGAUAGUACAAGAAUCAAGGCAUUAAAACAGUACUUACGUGCAAAAUUCUCCAUCAAGGACCUUGGGCCAUUGAAAUAUUUUCUUGGAAUAGAAAUGGCACGCACAAGGGAAGGAAUUGUUUUAAGCCAAAAAAAGUAUGCUCUAGAUAUCCUAACAGAGAUAGGGAUGAUUGGAGCCAAGCCAAGUCCAUUUCCUAUGGAGCAACACCACAGUUUAGCAAUUGCUUCAGGUCCCCUUGCUUCAAAUCCUUCAUAAUACAGGUGAUUAAUGGGCAGGCUUCUUUACUUAACCAUUACAAGACCAGAUUUGAGUUACUCAAUUGGUAUAUUGAGUCAAUUUAUGCAAGAACCAAAGCAAGAACAUUAUGAUGCAGCCAUGAGAACGCUCAGAUAUGUGAAGUCUUUUCCAGCUUAGGGAAUACUCCUUUCAUCUUCAAGUCCAUUGCACUUUCUUGGCUACUAUGACGUAGAUUGGGUUGGAUGUCUAGCCACAAGACAUUCCACAACUGGAUUCUUUGUUUGCCUUGGGAAUUCACCUGUUUCAUGGAAAUCAAAGAAAUAGGUCACAGUGUC